UCUUUAGGAGAUGUCCCAAGGGUCAAUGGUCAACUUGCUGUUUCCCGUGCGUUUGGGGACAAGAGCCUCAAAUCUCAUCUACGUUCAGAUCCUGACGUUACUGUACAAGAUAUAUAUUCCGAUACUGAACUACUCAUUCUUGCUAGCGAUGGUCUUUGGAAGGUUAUGAACAAUCAAGAAGCAGUUGAUCUUGCUAUAAAAAUUAACGACCCACAAGCAGCAGCAAAGCAGUUGACGGCCGAAGCAUUGGACAGAGACAGUAAAGACGAUAUAGCUUGUGUUGUUAUUCGAUUCAAGGCGUAAAUUUGGCUUCCGAGUCUCUGCCUGAUGCUAUAGGCUCAUAUGAUAAUUAUUAGCUUGGUUUUCUGAAAGUAGCUGUAAUGGCCUCAUUGAUUUCACUUGUAAAUGUGGUUUCUGAUAUUUGUUUGAUUCCUUGCAAUGUCUUAGUUCCAUGGAGACCAUAAGGUAUCCGAUGACAGGUUGUGGAUUUAACUUGGCAUAAAUGAUUGGUAGAUUUGUAUGUUUUAAGAUC